CCCGCUCCAACUUUAACCGUGCCACUAAAAGAAAUAGGGCAGUUUCACGUCUAUCGCCAUUUUGGAUCGGAAACGAGGUUGCGGGAGCCAAUGGAGAGCAGCAGCAGCGGCUGCAGCCGUAUUUUCUCGCAGGCUCCCUUGGGUGCACCAUGCAACUGUGACGCACACUCUGGGCCAGAGAUAAAGGUAUCUGCUAGAUCCUCUCCGCCUAGAAGGAAGAAGAAAAAGCUGAGCUGUGAGCUUCAGGAUGGCUUUGCGGAAGCUGCCCCAUGUCUUGGUGACCUGACCUUAGCAGCUGAGGGGACAAACCUUGGCAGCCAGCCUCUCCACCACCAGCCCAACCCAUUGGAUCAGGCAGCUCUCCACGACCAUGCUCUGUAUUGCAUCCCUGGGGAAGCAGCAGCUCUGAAGAACCUGGUGAGGAAGCUGCAGGACACUUUGUCCCACCAGAGCGAGCUCCUCCUCAGCCUGCAGAAAACUGUAGAGGACCAGGAACUCCAGUAUCAUGAACUUCAGGAAAAAGCAGAAGCCAAGAAAUGCCAUGUUCUUGCUGAUCUUGAAGCCCAUGUUUCUCAACUUGAAGCCAGGAACCAGUACCAGCUGGAGCCUCGAGGGCCAUGUUUGCAGAAGGAGCAGGAUGCCCGCAGUGCCACCACCCUCUCACUGAAAGAUCAAGUGAGGGGGAAGCUUGAGGGCCGAGUGCAAGAUGAGGUUUUCUCCCUGCAGGGUGUCAACACCCACAGCAAGUGGUUGAGGUUCUACACAGGCUUUGAUGGAUACCCUCGCCUCAGGGCCUUCUUGGACUUCCUCCUGGAGGGGGAGAGCCUGGAAAAUGGCCCUGCCUGUGCCCUCAGCUCCGAAAACCAGCUCUUCUUGGUGCUUGUCCGGUUGCGCUUGGGUCUCCUUCUCCAGGACCUGGCUUUUCGCUUCCGUAUCUCUGAAUCCACAGCCUGCCGCUACUGGAUGACCUGGAUGGAGCUGAUGGAGCGGAAACUACGACAGGUUCCAGUUGCCUUCAGCCAGCGCUAUGUAGAUGCCUUCAAGCCACAACAGCAACUUCGACAUCACAACAUGAUGCUGGUGGCUCUGGACUGUGCAGAGCUUUUUUUCGAAGCCCAAGGAAGGACGCGAGGCAAACGAUAUGGCUCUCGGAGUCCUCGGGCCCACUAUUCAAUCCAUGGGUCUGCUCUGGCCGCACCUAGCGGCUUCCUCACUUUCAGCACAGGAACAGACCACGAGUUGCCCACACUGCCUCCAUUCCUACAGGCAGGACCUGUGGAGUUGACGGCUGAGCAAGAGGCUGCCAAGAGGCAGGUACUGAGUUUACAUAGCCUGACAGACAAGGCCCUCGGCUUCCGUUUCCUACGCCUGGUUCACCCUCAGCACAUGGAAGACCAAGUGAGGAGGGCCUGGGUCAUCUCCUGUUAUUUGGCCUGCCUGCUGCAUGAACCUAUGGGUCUAACCUAGAGCAAAGAUUCCUAUACUCUCAGGACAUUUCUUUUAAUAAUCAUUUCACUUUUAACAUUUUGAUCACAGGACUGUUCGGAGAUGAUGAUGAAUUCUUUCUUGGAGCAAAAACCUUUCUGCUUUCCUUGAUCAUGGAUAAAAUAAAGGCAACAUUCACAUGUCACCUACCCAGUCCAAUAAUUCUAUUUGAAAACCUUUCCCAUAUUGCUUUCAUGAAUUGUUAAAUGUUUUGUCAUGCUUUCCAGUUUCCUUCCUAGAAAUUUUUGGUUUGGUUUUUUUCCUCCCCAUGCCUUUUUUUUGGUCAAUUUUAACUAUUGGUAACUCUCUGGAUAAAUCCCUAAGGCUUUCUUUGCAACUAUUUCAGUAGUCUGAUGCUGCAUUUUUCCUAGGGCUAGCUGAUCCCAGGUUAUCAGCUAGCUUCCUAUCCAAGACAGGACUAGGACUCAGUUAUUUUUUUCUAGCCUGGUAGCUUAAACUGGUUCUCUGGGUCUUUUUAUCAUCUUGUUCUUUUUAAAGCAAACAGUUUUAGCUUCCAGGUUCAAACGCGGUAAAUUUCAUUCCUUUUUUUUUUUCAAUCUGUUCUUUCACACGGAUUUUCAGAUACUGCCUCUUAAUUCUGGGUCUCCAGUGGCUACCAAAUUAGUGCUUAAAAUUAGAUUGAUCAGCUAUUUCUAUUUUUUUUUUUAAGAAAACAUCUUCCAAGAAAAUCUCUAUGUUCUGAAAUUUAUUGAAAUUUCAAAAAGUUUUUCAAACCACCAAAGUGCCACUUUUUAUCAUGCUUAUCUAGUCCCUUAACUAGCUAACAUAAACUUCUUACAAUAAUUGCCUUUUUACGACCCUGCUUACCAUGUGAAUUAUUAAUUACAGAAGGUAAGGAUUUCUUGGGAGAAGAAUAUAUUUUAAAGUGAAAUCUCGAAUUCUGUUGUGACUCAAAAGAACCUUUGCCUGCUGGACUCUCAGCAAAACAAACUGAUACUGUCAGAAUAUUAAUUUGAGCGG